GGACUUGUUGGAUCAUUACAUAGUGGGAAAACAUCUCUUGUCCAUCGUUACCUGACCGGUGCUUAUACAAACGAAGAAUCACCUGAAGGUGGUCGUUUCAAGAAGGAAGUGGUACUUGACGGUCAAAGUUAUUUACUGCUUAUACGUGACGAAGGAAGUGCUGCACCUGAUUAUCAGUUUGCGCAGUGGAUAGACGCAGUAAUUUUUGUAUUUUCAUUGGAAAGUCAAGAAAGUAUCGAAACCGCAUUACACUAUUAUCAACAAAUGGCAAAAUUUCGGAAUGUUAACGAGAUACCGGUAAUGAUGGUAGCAACACAGGAUGCAGUGACAGAAUCAAAUCCACGUGUAAUCAGUGAACAAGAAGGACGUCAAAUGGCGAAGAAUUUACCGAAAUGUUCGGCAUAUUAUGAAACAUGUUCAACAUAUGGAUUAAACGUAGAUCGGGUAUUUAAGGAUGCUUGUCAAAAAAUUCUUCAACAAAGAUUGCGAUUAUUGGGUAAUUUUUCGAAUAGUACCGGGACACCAACUCCAACAGCAACACCAACAACAACAACAACAUCAACCUUAUCAACAUUUCAUAGUAAUAAUUCUAACGAUUAUCGAAAUAGUAAUUAUCAGGAUUUGGCACAUUCAAACGGGUAUAAUUCCAAAAUUACAUCAUAUCAUCAUCAACGAUCAAUAUCAGCAUUACCUUUGCAAGAACAUUUACAACAACAACAACAACAGCGUCAAACUGGUAGCGGUACGGCGGGAUAUCAUAGAAAUAAUAUUUAUUAUUCAUCCAAUAAUGCCGUACAAUUACCAACCAGUUAUGCUUAUCAUCGGGAAAAUUCUGCAUUAAAUGCUGGAUAUCUUAGUACAAUUGUAUUAAAUUACUGGUUAUAA